AUGUGCGAGGAGCGGGAGGUAUCCAAUGGCAGCGACGCAUUCCAUCUCACGGCAACGCAUGUGUUCUUCCAGAACCCCGGCGUGGACCGCGCGCGGAUUCUCGAUCUGACGUUGGUGGAGCUGGCCAAGGAGCUGAAGGACGGCGCCCUGCCCCCGGAGACGGCCCUCUAUGUCUACGUGGAGAAGGCUCUUGAAGUUCACAAGGAUCUGAACUGUGUGACCGUCUUCCUGUCCGACUGCGAGGCUCAGCUCGGGAAGCUGCGGGAGAGAGGGGAGCGGGGCCCUCUGUACGGGGUCCCAGUGUCUAUAAAGGAACAUGCCGGCUACAAGGGCCACCCCUCCACGUGUGGGGUCCCCCAGUACCUGGACGCUGUGGAGGAGGAGGACAGCGUCGUGGUCAAGGUCCUGAAGAAACAAGGAGCCAUUGUGUUUGCCAAGACCAACGUUCCUCAGACCCUGAUCUGCAUUGAGACCAGUAACCCCAUCUACGGGGAGACGGUGAACCCCCACAACAGAGCCAAAGCCUGUGCAGGAUCCACCGGAGGGGAGGGGGCCCUCAUCGGGGGCCGGGGUUCCAUUCUGGGGAUUGGCACGGAUAUUGGCGGCAGUAUUCGCUUGCCGUCCAGCUUCUGUGGGAUUGCCGGAUUUAAGCCGUCGCCGGCCAGGCUGAGUCUUCGUGGCGUCCGCCCGUGUGUGGAUGGAAUGACGGCAGGUGAGUGGACGCGGCGACCAAACCUCCAAUGCAGAUCGUCUGUGACACUGACCACGGGAUAUGCAGCCUCAUGUCACAUGACUCCUUCUCAAACCUCAGUAAUAUCUCUUCUGUCUCCUCAGCUGAUCCUCUUCAGACCCCCGCGUGUGGAUGACGUGUUCGGCAUGUUGGUGAAGGCUUUGCUCGGAGACGGAGGGAGAACUCUGGGAGAUAAGUUUAAUAACAGUCCGGUGGACUCCCACCUCCAGGACAUGUUCCUUCUGUGUAAGAUUCCGGGAGGAGUGAAGAAGAUUCUGUCCUUCAUCCUUCGUCCAUUGCACAACGACUUCUGGGACAAACUCUUCAAAAAGGCGGUGGAGGACGGGGUGGGCUUGCCGUUGUCUGUGCAGUGCGUGGCUUUGCCGUACCAGGACGAGCUCUGCCUGCGCCUCAUGAAGGAAGUCCAGACCCUCCACACGCGGCGGCAGAUGAAGAGGAGCGCUCCGGGUCGCGGCUCCGGAACGGGAUUUGUUGGAGAUUUUCCUUCAGCUUCCGAGAGAGAAAAGUUCUGA